AUGCGGACUGCAGCGGUCAGAGCCCUGCGCAACGCCAAGCUAGCUUCAAAGACAUCAACGCCCUUAGCCAGAAGCUACGCAACCGUCAGAGAUCCCGCUCAAAAGGAUCCUGUCGAGUUAGAUCGUAUCACGAAGCUACCUAAUGGCAUUCGAGUUGCCACGGAAUCGCUACCUGGUCCUUUCUCCGGCGUCGGCGUCUAUAUCGAUGCUGGUUCGAGAUACGAGGAUGAAUCUCUCCGCGGUGUCAGCCAUAUUGUUGAUCGCUUAGCCUUCAAGUCGACCAAAACAAGGUCCGCCGAUCAAAUGGUCAACUCUCUAGAGACUUUGGGAGGUAACAUACAAUGUGCCUCCUCGAGAGAGGCCUUGAUGUACCAGUCUGCGACCUUCAACUCCUCGGUUGACAACACGCUUGGCCUCCUCGCCGAUACCAUCCGAAACCCUCUCAUUACAGAAGAUGAAUUGCAACAACAGCUGGAAACUGCAAACUACGAGAUCCAAGAGAUCUGGUCCAAGCCCGAUCUGAUUAUUCCAGAGCUGAUGCACAUGGCGGCCUACAAAGACAAUACCCUGGGACAUCCACUGCUCUGCCCAAAGGAACGGCUGCCUAUGAUUACCCGCAGCUUGAUCGAGAAAUACAGGCAGCAAUUCUACAAACCCGAGCGGAUAGUUGUGGCCUUUGCUGGAGUUGAACAUGACGCAGCUGUGCGCAUGACCGAGAAGUUCUUUGCCGAUAUGGAACCUGCAGAAGCUCACUCCCAAUCAACCACCUCGACAAUUGAUGCACAUCUCUCCUCCACACCUACUAUGCAGCUCCCAACAUCUCAAUCUCAGUCGACCCCAACAAAGUCCUUCUGGAAAGGGCUCACCAGCUUUUCGACUUCUGCUCCACAUCAAGCCACGGUCUCUCCCCUCGAUCCGUCCCUUCUCCAACCAACACCCACUUCGUUACUUACACAGCCAUCUCACUACACUGGUGGAUAUCUGGCUCUUCCAACACUUCCACUGCCCCAGAACAAUCUUUCAAUACCGCUCUCACAUGUCCAUAUUGGGUUUGAAGCUCUCCCCAUCUCUUCCGAUGAUAUCUACGCUCAAGCCACCCUCCAGACCUUGCUAGGUGGCGGAGGCUCUUUCUCCGCCGGCGGACCGGGCAAGGGUAUGUAUUCAAGACUCUACACCAACGUGCUCAACCAGCAUGGAUGGGUGGAGAGCUGUGUGGCCUUCAAUCAUAGCUAUACCGACAGUGGUCUCAUUGGUGUCGCAGCUGCUUGUGAACCAGGGAGAGUUGGCCACAUGGUCGAUGUCAUUUGUCGCGAACUGCAGGCUUUGACACUUGAAUCCGGCUUUGCAAGUCUGCAAGUUGCCGAGGUCAACAGGGCAAAGAAUCAGCUGCGUUUCAGCUUACUGAUGAAUCUCGAAUCACGAUUGGUCGAGCUAGAGGACCUCGGUCGACAAGUGCAGGUUCAUGGACGCAAGGUAGGCGUUAAGGAGAUGUGCGACAAAAUUGAUGCUCUAACGGUCGCCGACUUGAGAAGGGUUGCCAGACAGAUUUUUACUGGCAAGGUUGACAACAAGGGCCACGGCACAGGAGCCCCAACAGUUGUCAUUCAGGAAGGAGAGCCUGCCAAUGGAAGGUAUUUGAAACCGAUACCUUGGGAAGAUGUACAGUCAAGAAUUGCGAGAUGGAAGUUGGGACGACUGUAA